AUUUUGGAUUAGGUUUCCCAUGGCAUGUGAACUAGAAGACAAUUUGAAAUAGAAGGUCUCUUUAUUUUGAAGUGACAGUCUUUAUCAAAAUGGUUGGAAAACUCAAACAGAACUUGCUAUUGGCAUGUCUGGUGAUCAGUUCAGUGACAGUGUUUUAUUUGGGCCAACACGCUAUGGAGUGUCACCAUCGGAUAGAAGAACGCAGCCAGCCUGUGAGGAUGGAGAGCGUGAGGAGCACAGUAAGAACUGCUUCCAGUGUGAACGCAAACAAAACCUUUGCUUACAACAAAGACAUGCCUUUAAUAUUUAUUGGAGGAGUACCUCGAAGUGGCACUACCUUAAUGCGUGCCAUGCUUGAUGCCCAUCCGGAUAUUCGAUGCGGAGAAGAGACAAGGGUGAUCCCGCGCAUUCUGGCGGUGAAGCAGAUGUGGGCUAGAUCAAGCAAAGAGAAGAUCCGACUGGAUGAAGCUGGAGUCACAGAUGAGGUUCUGGACUCAGCGAUGCAAGCGUUUUUAUUGGAAAUCAUUGUGAAACAUGGGGAGCCUGCCCCAUAUCUGUGUAACAAAGAUCCUUUUGCUUUAAAAUCCUUAACUUAUCUUGCUAGAAUUUUCCCCAAUGCCAAAUUUCUUCUUAUGGUACGGGAUGGUCGUGCAUCUGUGCAUUCCAUGAUAUCUAGAAAAGUCACAAUAGCUGGAUUUGACCUUAACAGCUACAGGGAUUGCUUGACCAAGUGGAAUCGUGCUAUAGAAACUAUGUAUAACCAGUGUAUGGAGGUUGGUUUUGAAAAGUGUAUGCUGGUACAUUACGAACAACUCGUAUUGCAUCCUGAAAGGUGGAUGAGAACUCUCUUAAAGUUUCUUCGCAUCCCGUGGAACCAAGCAGUGCUGCACCAUGAAGAAAUGAUUGGAAAAGCAGGGGGUGUUUCUCUUUCAAAGGUUGAAAGAUCUACUGACCAAGUAAUCAAGCCAGUCAAUGUGGAAGCACUGUCAAAGUGGGUUGGGAAGAUACCUGCUGAUGUUCUGCAAGAUAUGCCUGUGAUUGCACCCAUGCUGGCAAAAUUGGGCUAUGAUCCGUAUGCCAAUCCACCAAAUUAUGGAAAGCCAGAUCAAAAAGUUGUGGAAAACACAAGGAGGGUCUAUAAAGGUGAAUUUCAGCUUCCCGACUUUCUGAAAGAAGUGCCGCAGACUGAACCUAUGGAAUAG